AUGGUUGUUCAAGGGUAUAACCAGCAGGAGGGAAUUAAUUAUGAUGAGACAUUUGCCCCUGUCUCAAGAAUAGAGGCUAUCGGGAUUCUUAUUGCUUUUUCUGCCUACAUGGGGUUCAAACUCUUCCAAAUGGAUGUGAAAAAUGUUUUUCUAAAUGGAAACUUGAAGGAAGAGGUCUAUGUCAAACGACCUCCAAGUUUUGAAGAUAAAGAUUUUCUUCAUCAUUGUGUGGAAAGGAAAUUAGGUUACAUUUCUAAAGAGGAACUCAACAAAGAAAUAGAAGAAUUAAAGUUUAACUCAGCUGAUAAGGAUGAAGAUAUUAACAAAUUGCAAGUGAUAAUUCAGCAUCUUUUUAAUAAGGAUCCAAGUAUCUCUGAAGAGCUUACAACUGAUAAUGCUGAACUAAAGAAGAGAUUUCAAACUUUGACUGAAGUUAAGAAGAAGGUGGAGAUGAAGAAGACGACUUACAUUAAGUUGGUUGAGAGUAAGGAAGAAGAGGAGAAGCGGGUGUGCAGGGAUAAGUACAAACUUGCUAAGAAAGAGGCUAAGUUAGCAGUUACGACUGCUAAGACAGCAGCAUUUGAGAGACUUUAUUCGGGUUUAGAGAAGAGAGGCGAGGAAAAGAGGUUGUACAGGCUUGCCAAAACUAGGGAGCGUAAGGGUCGGAAUCUGGACCAAGUGAAGUGCAUUAAAGGAGAGGAUUGA